AUGGCGUAUCUACACGCGUGCAGCGGCGACGGGAUGAAGAGCGAGCUAGAUCUCUUUACUCUUUCUCACACUCAAACAUCCAUCGAAAGUAGCGCUUAUCUCUACUACAAACCCAUUUCGUCGUUCAGCGACGAUGGUGACUCACCCUUGGAAUUUUUAAUUCAAAGUUCAACCGAUCACUACAUCCAAUUCGCGCACACCAUGUUGCACCUGACCGUUCAAAUACUACCAGCUAGUGAUACAUCCAGCGAAAAUCUCAAAAUUGGCCCUUUAGUUUCACCGCCAAACAAUGCGUAUCCGUAUAGAGCCUACAUAGAAACGCUGCUAAAUUAUGCGGCGCCUGCUAUGCGCUCUUUUCUCACGUCUGAUUUGUGGAGCAUCGACACCACCGAUGCCAUGGAUGCCGCGCCAAAUUUAGAUCGUAAGGCUGAUGGUGCGAAUCAAGGUCUCAUUAACAGACUGUUCUUUAUAGCUGGUGGCAAGGCCGUCGACAUGAUCGGACAUUUGCAUUGUGACGUUUUUAAUCAACCGAAAUUCCUGAUCAACGGUGUAGACGUGAGAGUAAGAUUGGUCCGUAGCAAAGACGCCUUUUGUCUCAUGGACUGGUCCGACAACGGAAAAUUUUCGGUGCACAUCAAGGAGGCCACACUGAUCGUGCGUCGUGCCAAGAUAAGCCCGGGUAUUUUACUAGCGCACGCGAACGCUCUUGCUAAAACAACAGCCAAAUACCCCUUAACAAGGGCCGAAGUCAAGUCGUUUACGCUGCACAGCGGAAUACUCGGCGACACCCUGGACAACGUUAUACUGGGACAGCUACCCAAAAGGAUCAUCCUGGGCUUUGUUAAAAAUAAAGCCUUCAACGGCAAUAGAAAGCUCAACCCUUUCAAUUUUCAACACUUUAACAUAAACUUUAUUUCGCUCUACGUGGACGGCGUUCAAGUCCCCAGUAUACAUUACCUAAACGAGGGUCUCGAUAUCGAUCGUUACGGUUAUCCCAACGGAUUUUGCCUAUUUGCUUUCGAUCUGACACCGGAUUUGUCAGCGCAUUUUACCAGCCAUUGGAAUCUCGUUCGCUCGGGGUCUCUAAGCGUUGAGGUGCGUUUCGCCGAAGCUCUAACGGAAACGCUAAACUGCAUUGUUUAUGCAGAGUUUGACAACGUGCUUGAAAUCGACUCGAAUAGACAAAUUAUAACGGACUUUAAUUCCUAA